CUUUCUCCUUUUCCUUCUUCUGAAAGCUAGGCUGUGCACUUUUUCUGCUCUCUUGACUCCACAUUCUACGGAUGCAACCGUGUCCGCUCUUGACGUUGUGCUUGUUCAAUCCGAGCGUUACUAUCGUAGGAUGGGCUGAAUUUGUUUCUUUUUUGCGCUUGUCCGGCUUUUUGAUGUGUCUUUCUUGAAUGAAUUCUUUAUCCGACCCCUGAGCUCUUUGCCGGUGCAAGCUGGAUCUCACCAUGCCAUCCGGGGAAACUCCGCGUUUCUCCCACUUUUCCUGUCGAACCCAGAAGGUCGUCACUUCCUCCACAUGGGAUGGGCUUCUCCUUAACCAAUCUGCCCAGUCCUCCGACACCAAAGGAUCAGAAAAUGACACUUGGUGGAUUGACAUCUGUGAUGCUACUGAGGAGGAGGUCGCCACCGUCUGUCAGGCGCUGUCUUUUCAUCCUCUGACAGCAGAGGACAUUGCGACCCGGGAGUCCCGUGAGAAGAUCGAAGCGUUUCGGAACUACUAUCUGAUCUCUUUUCAGACCCUGCUUUCUAGCAACGAUAACGAUAGUUCGCGAAUAACUAAAUCAUCAUCGUCUAUUCCCGGCUCCACGGGGUUCUACAUACUGGUGUUCAAAAAUGCCACGGUAACUUUCUCGCCCAGUGGACGUGGCCAUAUAUCCCAUGUCCGGGACAGGAUCCGCAGGACCCAAGACACGCAAAUGGUAUCGAGUGACUGGAUCUGCUACGCUUUGAUCGACGACAUUAUUGACAGCUUCGAGCCGUAUAUGCGCGCCGCAGAGCGCGAAGCCGACGCCAUCGAAGACCAAGUUUUCAUCGUACGAGUCGACGACGUCAAAUCGCUCAUCCCCCAAGUGGAUAGCCUCCGCAAGAACAUCACCCAGCUCACCCGCUGUCUGAGCGGGAAAUACGAUGUCCUGAACGGCUUCGUCAAGCGUUGUCAGGCGAAGAAUAGGAACCCGAUGUUCCCGGACGGUGAUCUCAUCGUCUACCUGGGCGAUGUGCAGGAUCACCUGGUGACCACGUUGACCAGCCUGUCGCACUUCGAUGAGAUUGUGGGACGGUCGCAGUCGAAUUUCCUGGCGCAGCUGAGUGUGAACAACAUCCGAUUGAGCUUUGAUAUCAACGCGGUGCUCAGCAAGGUGACAGUUCUGGCGACCAUCUUUGUACCGUUGAAUAUGGUGACGGGGUUGUUUGGCAUGAAUGUGCAGGUUCCGGGGCAAGACGAUACUCACAACCUGGCGUGGUUCUUUUCGAUUGUGGGAUGUAUGCUUGCAUUUGUAUCGGUCGCUUGUUGGGUUGCGAAGCGGUUGCAGCUGCUGUAGGGGUUGAGUAUAUACCCUUCACCUGGAAGAAUCCGACAUGAUAUCAUCAGAGUAAUCCCUGGACAGAGCACCUGUAUGUGAGGUAGAUAUGAGUUUGAACAGUUUGUCAAGUUGCAUCAGGUGAUCGAGGCGUGUUUCGCCAUGGUCUCCGGUUGUUCUUCCAGUCUCCACCCCAUCUUGUCUUAUCAACCACCGCAAGUCAUCAAUCGUCAGGAGAUUAAUCAUCAUGCUAUCAUAUCCCCAGCAUCCCUGACUGAUAGUCUAAUCAUCUGAUCAUCUAUCAAUCAAUACACUAAUUCAGAG